GAGGCGUGGCCACGCAGCUGUCACUCACUGGCGGUUGCCAUGGUGAGCGGGCGGUCCCGAACAGCGGGGCAUCCAAUGAGAGCGGACGCUGCUUGUGUCACCAUGGUGACGGGGCUGUGCCCAGGGAGGUUGUGAUGGGUUGACAGGUGCGUGACAAUCGGAGCUCUCUGCAAGCAUGUACGCCAAAGGCAAGAGUAGCAACGUGCCGUCCGACAGCCAAGCCAGAGAAAAGUUGGCGCUUUAUGUGUACGAGUACCUGCUGCAUGUAGGAGCACAGAAGUCAGCACAGACCUUUCUCUCAGAGAUCCGAUGGGAGAAGAACAUCACAUUAGGAGAACCUCCGGGGUUCCUCCACUCAUGGUGGUGUGUUUUCUGGGACCUGUACUGUGCAGCUCCAGAGAGGAGAGACACAUGUGAACACUCCAGUGAAGCGAAGGCCUUCCAUGACUACAGUGCAGCAGCAGCUCCAAGCCCCGUCCUGGGAAACCUUCCCCCAGGAGAGGGCAUGCCGGUGGGGCCCGUCCCCCCGGGGUUCUUUCAGCCAUUUAUGUCACCUCGAUACCCCGGAGGACCCAGACCGCCUCUCAGAUUACCGAAUCAGGGACUUGGAGGAGUUCCAGGUAGCCAGCCUAUGUUACCCAGUGGAAUGGAUCCCACAAGACAGCAAGGACAUCCAAACAUGGGAGGACCUAUGCAGAGGAUGACUCCACCCAGAGGAAUGGUACCACUAGGGCCGCAGAAUUAUGGAGGUGGAAUGAGACCACCGCUGAAUGCCUUGGUUGGUCCAGGGAUGCCUGGCAUGAGCAUGGGACCUGGUGGAGGAAGGCCCUGGCCAAAUCCUCCAAACUCCAAUUCUACCCCUUAUUCUUCUGCAUCUCCAGGAAGCUAUGUGGGACCUCCUGGAGGAGGGGGGCCACCUGGAACCCCAAUAAUGCCAAGUCCAGCAGAUUCAACCAACUCUGGUGACAACAUGUACACUAUGAUAAACACAGUCCCUCCGGGUGGAAGCCGACCAAAUUUUCCUAUGGGCGCAGGUACCGACGGCCCAUUAGGAGGAAUGGCUGGAAUGGAGCCCCACCACAUGAAUGGAUCUUUAGGGUCGGGUGAUAUGGACAGUCUCCCCAAGAACUCUCCUGGAAACCUAAGUAUGAGUAACCAACCUGGAACCCCCAGGGAGGACGGGGAGAUGGGAGGAAACUUCCUUAACCCUUUCCAGAAUGAAAGUUAUUCUCCAAACAUGACGAUGAGCGUGUGAAGUCUCUGGAAGCAGGUUUGCUCCGUCGCUUGGUAUUCUGGUGUGGAUCGGUGAAAAGCAGAGAGACAUGAUGGGAUGUCAUCUAGGCCAGUGACUCUUCCUCCACCACCGGCUGCCCAGUCCAGACAGUUGCCCCAGGCACCAUCCUUCUACCACCCCUCCCCACCCUGCCCCUCCAUGGUUUCUGUCCAUGUCUCUUCCCCCCCGGUUUCUUCUCCCGUUCUAAGUGGUGACUCUGCUACAUUCAUCAGUUCUUCCUCUGCAACUAUGAGACUGUACAAAGGAACCAAAUUGAAGCAACCCAGAGGAGAACUCUUUGUAUAUUUGCAUACAGUGUGUGGGAGACAGUUCACACACUCCAGUUACAGACAGAUGUUUCUGCCUUUUGCAUCAUGUCACAGAGUUUAAUACCCCAAAAAAACAAAACGCCACUAUCAUGAAGUUUAAAUUCCAGUGGAUUUAAAUAGAUAUUGGCACUUUUUGAUUGAUAAGUUGAUUAAUUCGACUUUUUUUUUUCUUUUCUUGACAAUUACUUUGAGAGACAUCACAAUCAUAUUGCCAUGAGGUUUUCAUUGAGACUUGUGCAGAUAUUUGUGAAGUCUUUUCAGAAUUUGUGGUUGUCUAAAUCUUUACGACCACUAACCUGGUGUUUUAUGUUUUGUACUACUAUGGGUUCAGUACUAUGCGUUUCUGAUUUCCAUCCACAAACUGAGCCACAAAUGUGGUAAAUGUGAGCUCAUUCACUCUGUCUCUCCAAAUCAGGCGCAGAUCAAAGUCAGCAUUGAGACAUUAAGUGUAAUUUGCAGAUAGACUUCAGCACAAUCUGAAGUGCUUUCAUUUUGAAAUUAUUUCAAAUGGUUCUUGAGAAAAUGAGCUUAAAAUGAGACUAUGUAACUUUUGUUGAAGCCAUUUUACCGGAAGUAAAAAAUGGUAAAUGGUGAAAUAAUGUGCACAAACAUGGUAAAAUUACAUUUUGAUGUCCAUUACAAAGCAAUAUCUAGAUUAAAUUUGUUACUUUAGCUAACAUUUAGCAACCAAAAGCCACUGGUCAUACCAAACCAAGUACAGUAAGGCUGUAAAAGCAAAUCCCUGGCACAUUUUAUUAGUUAUGAAUUCAGUUGUCCAUUUGUGAGAGCAACAGAUGUUAAUUAUGCCUUCAAAAGUUCCAUAGUCUCCCUGUCUGUCAUAUCUGACCAGUCGCUAUGCUAUUUGUGAAUUAAUUGGACAAUGCAGUAACAAUAAGAGAGAGGUCAGUUUUAAAAGGAUAAUACAAUACCCUCAAUACAACUGUACAGAGUAAAAGAUUGGCCAGUUUUUUUUACAAUAAGUCAUGCAUCUUUCUGUAUUCAGCUGAACACUUUUGUUGCAAUUGAACCUGUUACGCUGUAUGAGUAAUGAGACAGCUUUUAAGGGACUUUGCACUCUAUCGACUGCAUCAGCGUGGCCUGAAAUCUGAGAAAAGGUCACCAAAAGAUCUAAUUUUUUAUCGAGUUGAACAGAACCAGUUGUUAAAUAUUUUGUUCCUUUGUUUAGCUAAUACCUCUCUGCUCUCUAGUUCUUUGAAUCUGGUUCCAAAUGAUUCAUCAGUUUAUAUCCUGGAGCCACAACGGCCAAAUGGGUACAAGGAUCCAUUUUCUUUUGACAUGAAAUGUUACAAUGAGAAAGAGAGGCAGAUUACCAGUACGGAUGGUAAAGCUUAAAGUCAUUUUGGUCACUUAAUUAACAUCCGGCUAAACUGUGAUUUGAGUUUGAUAUGAAAAUUAGGUGGGUACAGAAAGCUAAAAUAAGCUUUUUUUGAUUAAUGUUUUAAACCUUUUUCACUGCCCAGGAUGGAUGCUCAUCAUGUACAAAGGGUCAAUAUUCCUGUGAACAUUCUCCUUUCCCUUCCCUUACUGCAAAGUGUACAGCUCACAAAUGUAGCUCCUCUGUCUUGUAUGUGUAUUUGAUAUUAUUAUUAUUAUUAUUUAAAGAUAAAUCUGGAGAGAAUUAAAGGGGGCAAAGGACUGAUGAUGCACCAUCACAACUGAACAGAGAUGUUAUAUUUUGUUUCCCUGAUAGAUUGAAGCCAUAAGUGGGAGUACAAGAAGACGCAUUUGUAAAUUGGAUCAUGUUUUCUGUUUCGUGGCAGUAUGUGGGACAUUUGUGAUGUGUUCAUUUUCUCUUUUUUAUUCUUGUAUUAUGUUUUUGUAAAUACACAGAGAAGUUUCAUGGGUUUUGAAUAUGCUGGUAUAAAGCUUCUCUUCCCUUA